AUAGAGAUUAGGAGCUAGAAGUAGUUUGAAGACUUGCAGAGGUACAGCAGUGACUCAGGCGUGAGCAGAGGAUCACAAAUUAUAAAGCAGGACACUCCAACUUACCAUACCAAAGCAAAAAAAAACUGAACUGCAAUAUUUCAGAGUGUCUUAAAUGCAACGUCUUUUGUAAAGCCCCUUUGGUUUCUGUGAUUGGCUCCAUUCAUCAGCUGGAGCUGCUACUUUGAAACGUUUUAUAAGUUAAAAAGCACCCAGCCCUCCGUCUUUCUAUCUGUUUGCCGGAGAUUUAUUUCAAACAGAACUAUCGUCUAAGCUGAGUCCGGGAGUCGACCGCAAAAGUUCAAGAAGCCGUUUGGGAAGUUUGUGGGAGCUGUUUUCUCUCUCUCUGCAGAGGCGAUGUGUUGGGUUCACUGAGCCAGCGGGAAGUUUACUUCGUCAAAGGAGCUGAACACUUUUUUAAAGAAAAUAUGAGAAGAUUGUGGCUUUUAUCGUUUUGUUUAUGGAUUGAGAGCUGGUGCCAGAGCCCGGGACCCGGACUUCCAGAAGAUAUGCCCUUCCUGCAGGAUCCCGAGAGUAUCAUAUCUUUCCAGGGAAAGGAAGUAAAGUUACGCUGCUCAAUUCGGGUGAUGGGGGAGCUUCCCGAAAUAAAUUGGCAACGAGAUGGGGUUCUGUACCAGGGGGAUGUCAACCAAGUUCUGGUGCCAAUGAGUGAUGAUGAAUGGCUGGCCAUCAGUGAACUAAGCAUUCCCUCAAUCCACCGAACAGAUGCUGGGAGUUAUCGGUGCAUCACUUCAGUGAAAGGCAAAGAAAUUAUCUCCAAAGAAGCUCAGCUAGAAAUUGAAGGGUUGCCCCACUUCACCAAGGAGCCACAGGAUGUCCACGUGCACCAGGGCGAGCCUUUUAACCUGAGCUGUGCUGCCGCAGGAUCGCCAGAAUUGAAGGAGCUGAUGUGGCUACAGGAUGGGAUGCCCGUACGCGUUGGGGAGAAAACUACAGCAAUCUCACCAUCAACUCUUUUCAUCCAAGGCUUAAAGAAGCCAGCAACAUUCCGAUGUGAAGCGCACAACGCCAAGGGUGUGGCCACCUCCCGAACAGCCAACGUCAAACUUCUGCCAGACACACCAGACAAUGUGACAGUGACCUUCACAAGCUCCCGUGCCCUUGGAGUAUCAUGGGAUGCUGGCUUCAGUGGCUUUAUUCCGUUUACCUCCUGUACUGUCCAGGCUGAGAAAUCUGUGCAUGACCUCAGCCAAGAGAUCUAUUUGAAGGAUAUCUCUGUUCCACCGUUCAGUCACAUGAUCACAGCAUUGACACCUCACUCGCGAUACAGAAUCCGGCUGGCCUGCAGCACAGAUAUUGGCGCCUCCCCAUGGAGCAGCUGGGUGACAGCGGAAACACUUGAAGGAGAGCCAGACACAGCCCCAAGCAACAUAACCUUCCUGUACAAUGGCAGCGCUCUGCUCUUCAAAUGGGAGAAACCAUCCACAGGCCUUAAUGGGAUCUUGCAAGGAUACAAAGUGGCAUACCAGGACCAAGACAAUGCAGAGGUGAUAAUGGACAAUGGGCUGAGAGAGAACAUUAUCCUGGAGGUUGUCCUGCCUGUCACAAACCUGACUCUCUGCGUGGCAGCCUACACGCAAGCUGGAGAUGGACCAUGGAGUGAUCCUGUCCUGGUAACCCUCCCUAGCCCAGGUAUUCCAAGGCAGAUAAGAUAUCCAGUAGGGAAGGCAGGCAGAAGGUCCUUCUCUUGGCACUGGUGGUACGUGGUGAUGGCAGUCGCUGUCGCUAUGGCCUCUGCCAUUUGCCUUGCUGUGCUUGUUGCCCGACUGAGGAAGAAGGAUGUUCGAUAUGGUGAAGCCUUUGAACCCAUGAUCGAGAGAGGGGAGUUGGUGGUGCGUUACCGAGUGAAGAAGUCAUACAGCAGAAGGACUAAUGAGGCCACGUUGAACACUUUGGGAAUAAGUGAUGACCUCAAAGAGAAAUUGCAGGAUGUGAUGAUUGACCGACACAAGUUGACACUGGGCAAGACACUGGGAGAAGGGGAGUUUGGCUCUGUGAUGGAAGGACAAUUGAACCAGGAUGAUUAUAUUCUCAAAGUGGCUGUCAAGACAAUGAAAAUUGCGAUUUGUACACGAACCGAAAUGGAGGACUUUCUUCGGGAAGCGGUCUGCAUGAAGGAAUUUGACCAUCCCAACGUUAUGCGAUUACUUGGGGUCUGUCUACAGAAUCAUGAGAAUGAAGGCUUUCCAUCACCAGUGGUCAUCCUUCCAUUCAUGAAACAUGGGGAUCUCCACAGUUUCCUCCUAUACUCUCGACUGGGAGAGAGCCCUGUGUACCUCCCGAUGCAGACAUUGGUAAAAUUCAUGACUGACAUUGCUCGGGGAAUGGAAUAUCUCAGCAACAAGAACUUCAUCCACCGGGACCUGGCUGCCCGCAACUGCAUGUUAAAUGAAAAUAUGAAUGUCUGCGUGGCUGACUUUGGCUUGUCCAAAAAAAUCUACAAUGGAGAUUACUAUCGACAAGGCCGGAUCUCAAAAAUGCCAGUAAAGUGGAUUGCAAUUGAAAGUCUAGCAGACAGAGUUUACACAACCAAAAGUGAUGUGUGGUCCUAUGGUGUCACCAUGUGGGAGAUUGCAACUCGCGGGCAAACUCCGUAUCCAGGUGUGGAAAACAGUGAGAUCUAUGACUAUCUCCGACAAGGCAACAGACUGAAGCAGCCCCCAGACUGUCUGGAUGCACUGUAUGAGCUGAUGUACUACUGCUGGCAAUUGAACCCAAGAGAGCGGCCAACUUUUGAGAUCAUCUGCUGUCAACUAGAGAAGAUUGUGGAAGACCUGCCACCCUCUUCAGACCCAGAGGAGAUUCUUUACGUCAACAUGGAGGAUGCUCGUGGGAGGUCAAACAGUUGCUGUGAACAGGGAGCAGUUGGAGGCAGUGAUCUUGAGGAGAGUCUGAAGGCUUCAUGCUCACAGUUCUCCAAGGCACCUGUGGUAACAUCGGCAGAUGUCCACCAGUCAAAUGCAGUUGAUCGCUAUGUUUUGUGUCCACCUCAUGAGAGUACCCGAUCAAUGGCAAUGGUACCCUUAAGUAGCAAUUCGCCGCUGUGUUUAGCGACAGAGGACCUCCAGCUGGAAGAAAUGUGUGGGAGAGAAUGUAAAUGACAGAGCCAUCUGUGAUACUGGGCACUUCAUGUUUCCAGGAACCUUGCCUCAAAUAAUCACUCAAGUGAUCUCCAAGCAAAGACACUGACUGCAAGUCAUGUUAUUGUUAAAAGAAUGUACAAUGUCACUUUGACCAUAUAACAUCAAAACAGUCCUGCAGUCAAGGCAAGUCAGCAGUUGGAAAAGUGCAAACAGCUAACCAAUUUAACCACAAACCCAUCCCUCAUGCCAAUUUCUUGCAUGCCAUGAAUUUCAAAGUUUCUCUUACUUAUCUUCUAUCGGGCACUUUUCAUCCCUUUAUCUAGCACAGUUGGGAGGGAGACAGUGUCUAAAUAUCAUAUCACAAUGGCCUCAGUCCAAAAGUACUUGGAUGCUGAUAUCGAAUACUGUGCAUGCUGAUGCUUUGAUCAUGGCAAUCACUGAUCUGAGAUGCAUAUGCUAAGAAGUGCACUCUUGAACCCAGCUUCCCAAUGGAAAAUAAAGUAAUGCAGGUGAAAUGCCAAAGGGUUACCAAUUCAGGGGAUAUGGGUUGCAAUAAAGUUGCAUGAUUUCUAAAAGAAGUGUUUAACUGCACAGUAUCUAUGGCAAUAGCACAUGGAAUCUGAAAUAUUUGUAGAUUACAUGUGAAAAUGUACAGUAAAAAAUUAGAGAUAAGUUCACUUCCAGAAUUUACUUUUUAAAAUAUUUACAAGUUAAAAAGAAUAUGGCAGGGAUAUGAUUAGAAAUGACGUUUUAAAAAGCAUUCAGGAGAUGAGGGCAUUGCUGGCUCAGCCAGCUUUAUUGCCUAGCCCUAACUGUCCAGAGGUCAACCACAUUGCAAUGGGCCUAGAGUCACAUGUAGGCCAAAAGAAUGGCAGUAUCCUUUCCUAAAUGUCAUUAAUGACCCAGAUGGAUUGUUUCCGACAAUCUACAUUUAUGGUCAAGAGACUCUUAAUUCCAGAUUUUUUACUGAAUCCACAUUCCACCAUCUGCCGUGGCGGGUUUUGAACUCCGAUCCCCGGGUACUACACAUUACCUGAGUCUCUGGAUUAACAGUCCAGCAAUAAUACCAUUAGAUUAUGGCCUCCAUUGUGUUGAAAUUUAUCCAUGAUUUGAGCAUGCUAAAUGCAAAAUUAAUUUACAAUUCAACUCCCCAUCUCUUCCUAGCCAGUUUGUUACCAUCUCUAAUUGAAUGGUCCUAAACUCAAAGAUGUAUGAUUGCUCCCCAAUUUCCCACAGAUAGAGUAAGUCAAAUGUGCCAAUGAGCUAAUUAAGCUUAUCACUGACAUGAUUCCACCUGGUUUUAAUUAUGUUGCAAAUCUAAAUACAGCUGCCCCCAUUGUAUAAUUGGAACAGGGCUACCCUCGUUUAUGGGAGGUACUUUCUCAAUCAUCACAAUGAAUCAUUAGGUGUUGCUUAGUGAUAACGAUGUGAUGAUCAUAUGAUUGGGUCAGUAUUUUGCAUCUUUUUCUGGGACCAGCAAAGUUUUGAGCAGACACUGAUUCUGAACCCUGUCAUUCAGCAAGAGUACCAGAGCUAAAAUUGAUGCACUAGCUCUUUUGCUACCAGAACUAAAUUGCAGAAAAAAUAAACCUAUGUCAAAAACUAUUUUGGACCUCUUUUGCCUACAUAUUAGGCUAAUAAAUGUGUGCUGGUUUGCGGCUUUCUACUUUUAUCAGUGGAAAUUUCUUCAAUAUUAGUUAGCUUUCUGCACCUUUGCAAUCUUACACACUAUCUUGGUUCAAGAAGAUGUGUCCACUCUAUAAAUGAGUGACGAAUAAUAUCGUCUGGAUGGCAAAUUGACUUUGUAACAUAGCAGAAAGGUUGGAAGCUUUGUCUCCAUGGCACUAUUACAAAAUUAAGAUGCAAUCAUCUGGGAAUGCCUGUCGAGUUCUGAUUUUCAAGAUCCACCUCAGGGAUUACAGUGAAGCAGAUGCAACGAGUAAUUUUGGACAACCAAUGACAGCUUGUUUCAGUGUAAAGAACUGACUGAGCCAUCCACUCCAACCUAUUAAAGCUGUCAUAGGCAAAGGACCUUGGGCUAUUUGUCUUAACAAGCAAGCACAUUUGAACAGAAUUGUUUACAGCAUUUUAUGGAACAUUCAUUUCUAAGUGCACUUCAAUCCUAUGCACAGCCUCUGGCAACUUCUAAUCUGAGAUGUAAAUGGUAAAGCAGCUACUCAUUGUGGGCAACUGUGAUAUGGGACUAGAGCGCCUUGUCUUCAGCCACAAAAUUAGAUGUCAAGUUAAUGCUGCACUGAAAGACUUGAGAUACUUAUGAAAGUGUCCCAAGAGGAGUACCCAACAAAAGCUAAACUUUUGUGCAUUAAUUUACUGUUUGCCACAUAUUUCUUUAUAAAGCCUUGGUUUCCAUACACUUGGUGCAGGGUGUCAUUGAAUUGCCUGCACCAAGACAAACAUAUAUCAAUGAAGGGAGUAAAUCAUUUGCUAAAGUUUAAGAUAGAAUUAUUUGCUAUCACCUUCUUAAUGUAAUAUGCAAAAGAGAUCCACAAUGAUCAACAAUCGAGAAUCAUUCAUCAUUCAUAAUGCUUUGCACUCAAUUUAGACUAGACCUUCAGGCCCUAGUGAGUUGAGCAAUUAAUCUCCAGGAUUAUUUAUGAUCUCAGCUGAACUGACUGACUGUGCCAAUAUUAUCUUCCACUCAUUGAUACAUUGGAAAAAUCUUCACUGUAAAUCAACCUAAAAUAAUCUUGUUAUUGAUUGUGUCUAAAUCCAAGGUUAAUUGCCAUUGUAAAUGGUUAGCUCUAAUGAGAAUUGACCUCAAAUGCAAAGAAUAUCAGCAACAACAUUCACAUCACCAUCAACGUCAAUAUUGGAGGCAUUGCUCUGGUAAUUCCCAGGUUAUGGAUCUGGACUAUACAAUGACUGCUCCCUAUUUACAUGAAUAUCAGCAUGUUCAAGACUGUGUUCAAAGUAUUAAACCGGUAAUUAAUGAAUUUCAUAAUUUAUGCACAGUCAGAAAUGGUAAUAAGCAUGGAGGCUUGCAGAAAUUGAGGUAAAAAUCCAAAUAGUUCACUGAUAUCCCUCAGUGAAGUUAAACCUGCCUGUGAGUCCUUCAAGAAUGCAUAUGUGUAAGCUGUAUCACAACAUAUCUAAACAGGUUGAUUGAAAUGCUUGCACAAUUGUUGAAAGAAAAUCCUAAUCUGGAGUAGGAGUUUGUAUUAAAUUAAAUUCUCAGACUAAAAAGAGCACAACUUUGGUACGGCAAUUCAUUAGAGUUUAUAACAUUGCAGAUGCUUCUGUUGACUUUACCAUAAUUUACUUGAAGCAAAAUAUUCUACUUGAGCAGCCUUACUGGGGAGCAUUUCAGAACAUAAACAUUUUAGCCUGAGAGUCUUGGUUCAUUAAAAUGAAUGAUUUGAAACAUUAAGGCUGACGUUCAGUUGCCAAUUCUGGCUGGGUGUAUUCCUGCAGUCUUUAUCCUGUCACUUUAUCAUCAGACCUGGCCUCACAUUACCACUAUUGUCAAACAUUUUGGAUGAUCAUUCUCAGGCCACUGAAAAGCAAUCAGACUCUUCAUAUUUCAUUGGAAUAUUGUUGACCGCAAUUAAAUGAGCUUUCACAAUGAUCCAACAUUUUUAUCACUAUGAUAUAAAGUAUUGAAUGAUUUUAUUUUUCUUGCUAUGUUGAGCCUUCUCUCCUGCUUCUCUGCUAUGUGUUGGAGAUUAAUCUUCAAAUCUGGAGAUUCCAAGGGAAUCUUGGAGGGUUGGCAUCUGAUAAAUUCCAAUUUCCUGAUGAGUAGAGAAAGCUGAAGGAGGGAAAAUUUCCUCAUUAACUUUUCAGGUGACAGGAGCUUCGUUUCACAAGAGAUGGUCAUUUAUUUUCUGUCAAACUGCUUCUAAUUGUGUUGUUCUGAGAAUUGUUGCAUUGGACACAAAUGCUCUUCAUUUUGAUGCAUGAUUGAUGCAAAAAUACAAACCCUAAUUAACACAGCUUCUCAGGCACUCUCAGCAAGUAGAAAAUAGAACUUCUCCAUAAAAUAAUCAACAUUUGAUGUUUCUAUGUAGUGAAAUUGAAAUUUGGGUUCAGCAUACCCAUUGAGUUUACAUUGACUUUACAUUUACUUUACAUCUACUUUACAUUGAGUUGGUGAUCCAUAACUUGUUUUAGUUAUUCCCUGUAAAGACAACCCGCCUGCUUUAGGGUGCAACUCAAAUCAUCUUAAAGUAUGAACAUAUUAUUCCUAUCUGCCUCAUGUGCUUAGCAAAUUUCACCUUAAAUACAUCAAUUCUAUUCACUUCACCUACACUUGUAGUGGCACAUUCCACUUUUUAAAACAUGACAGACAUUCUUUGGAGAUGUGACAAGGAUGUAUAGUCCACAAAUGUUUGUCCACUUCAGGUUUGAGAUACAGACUGAGUUGGAGGUUAACUCCCCUGUUGAUAAAAAGGACGUGGGUACUGUGCUGCACCGAGCUCCAGUUUAAUCCUGCAUCCUGAGUUACAGCUGAGCUGGGAUAAUUUUAACGGAAAACCCACCGUUCCUCAUUUCAGGGUUAGCAAGCUUCAUUUUAAACAAUUAUUUCGGAUUGAGGGACUUGUGGGCUUGCAGUUGGAUGAAGUCUGAGGUCGAAGUGCCUUUUGAGGAGUAAUUCGUUUUCGACAGUUUUGGGAAUUUUGUCAAUUCCCACUUUCUAAUAUUACUUAUAGGAAUUUAUCUAAUAGAAGUUCUUGCUUUUCACAUCAGUAGAACCUUAAGGCCUGGCAAUGUUCAGCCGGUGACACGACAUGCUUCAGCAUUGAUUUCAUGUUUCACUUUGUACUUCCAAAGAAGUUCCCCUUUUCUUGACAAGCCUGGUCUUCAUGAAGCUCUAUUUUCUCCUGAGUAAAUCCUUCAUGUAAGGUAGCAUAAGCGGUGGAUUUUUAAAGUUUAGAGAAACUGGCUGCAAAUUGAAUCCACACACAGUGUUCCCCACCUGUCCACAGCAUAGCCCAGCUGAUUGUUAACUUGCUCGAAAUCCUUCUCGUUCAUUUGUGACGUUUUAAGGGAGGUCGCUUUCUUACAUAAGUUUUGCGAAGAUUUUGUUAAAAUAUCAAUGUAUAUACUUUGAUACAAACUGUAAUUAAUUCUAGCCCCUUCAUGUUGCACAUGCUGAUCUGUAUCUGAGUUGCUUUUUUUUAAUGAAAUAAAUCUUGUUUUAUUGCA